AUGAGUUCUUUCAAAAUGAUCUCCUUAUUCCUUCUGGUCUUACUUUUCCCAUCAUUUCACCCCAAAUGUGGAGCUUCAGCUUAUGCUGAAGAGGCUUUAGCUCUUUUGAAAUGGAAAGCCAGUUUUCAAAAUCAGAACAAUAGCUUUCUGACCUCAUGGAACCUUCAAUCUAUCAUUGCCAAGAAUUCUUCUAGCCUUCCAUGCACUUGGGCCGGUAUUUCCUGCGUUGUUGGAGGUGUCAACAGGUUGAACCUCUCAGCUUGGAGUAUUAAAGGUCCAAUCCCUAGAAGCUUGCGAAACUGCUCAAGCUUAGUUAGGGCCAGUUUCAAUGGUAACCAUUUCCACGGAAACUUGUCAGAAAUGUUUGGAAUCUAUCCAUUCCUGAAUUUCAUAGAUCUCAGCAACAAUGAAUUCUACGGAGAACUCUCCAGCAAUUGGGGCAAAUGCAAACUUUUGACGACCCUGAUGGUUGCAAAGAACAACAUCACAGGUGGUAUACCUCCAGAAAUUGGAAAUUUAACACAAUUACGUGCACUUAAUCUUUCUUCCAAUUAUUUAUCAGGGGAGAUACCAAGGGCAGUUGCAAAGUUAGCUUCUAUGCUUAAACUAGAUUUACAUGACAACCAAUUUCUUGGUGGUAUACCUCAGGAAUUGGGAGGGCUAGUGGAAUUUCUUGACCUGUCCACAAACUCCUUGAGUGGAAAUUUACCAAAACUUCUGGGAGAUUUGAAACACUUGUUUCACAUGAACUUGAGCAACAAUGUUUUAAGUCAGAAGAUUCCACCCCAAAUUGGGAAGUUAACCCAACUUUCUGAAUUGGAUUUGAGUCAAAAUUUCUUCAUAGGAGAGAUACCAUCCGAGCUUCAAAGUUUACAGAGUCUGGGGAUGUUGGAUCUCUCCCAUAAUAACCUCUCUGGUUUGAUCCCGAAAACUUUGGCAGCACUGCCCGGUUUAUGUCACAUUAAUCUUUCGUUUAAUAAUUUGGAGGGUCCAAUUCCGAGUGGUAGAGCCUUUGCGAAUCUAACCUUAGAAGAAGUAAAGGGAAAUAAAGGUUUGUGUGGCAAUAUUACCGGGUUACAAGCCUGUGAAAGUUCCCCAUCGAGUAAAAAGCAUGGCAUGGAUAAAAGGAAGGAACUUGUUCUCGUAAUUGUAUUACCUCUUCUGGGAUCAUUCAUGCUUCUUGGUGCAUUCUUUGGAGUUCUCAGAUUGCAUGAUCAAAGGAAAAGGAAUUCAAGAGCGGAAGUUAUGGAGGUGAAGAUGGGCAAUUUAUUUGCCAUCUGUGCUUAUGAUGCCAAGGCAUUGUAUAAAGAAAUAGUGAGGUCUACGGAAGAGUUUAGUGAAAUAUUUUGCAUUGGGAAAGGAGGUUAUGGAAGUGUUUACAGAGCACAGCUUCCAUCAGGCGAUGUAGUAGCUGUAAAAAGACUUCACAACAUGCCUAAUGUGGCAAAGGAUAGAAAUUUCUUGAAUGAGAUCAGGGCUUUGACAGAAAUCAAGCAUCGAAACAUUGUGAAACUCUUUGGCUUCUGUUCAAAUGCUCAGCAUUCGAUUUUGGUUUAUGAGCACCUUGAAAGAGGAAGCUUGGCCAAAAUCUUGAGCAUAGAAGAAGAAGCUAAGGUGCUAGACUGGCAAAAGAGGUUGAAAAUCAUUAAAGGUAUCGCUCAUGCUUUGUCUUACAUGCAUCAUGAUUGUUCACUAGUGAUUGUACAUCGGGACAUAUCAAGCAAAAACAUUUUGCUUGAUCCAGAAUGUGAGGCUCACAUUUCAGAUUUUGGCACUUCCAAGUUUCUGAAAAAAGACUCAUCUAAUUGGAGUUCUCUUGCAGGCACCUAUGGAUAUGUUGCACCAGAAUUUGCCUACACAAUGAAAGUUGAUGAAAAAUGUGAUGUUUAUAGCUUUGGGGUCCUGACGAUGGAAGUAAUCAAAGGAAAGCAUCCUGGAGACUUGAUUGCUAAUCUAAUGUCUUCAAACCCUGAAGAUAUAGAACUAAAAGACUUGCUCGACCAAAGACUUCUGUAUCCCAAUCAAGAAAUUGAAAAGAUCCUAAUGUCCAUUCUCAAACUAGCAAGAGAAUGUCUACAUGCUGAUCCUCAAUGCAGGCCAACAAUGCUCCUUAUUUCCAGGUUGAUGUCAGCUUGUGAACCAUCUAAGUGACUUCUUGUGAUUAACCGUGGCCGUGUGAUUCUCUUUUCCAUUUCUUUUCUUGUUAAAUUAAUAGAUGCAUCAGAUAUGUAGAAGUUGGAUGAUGUUUUUUUUUUUUUUUUUUUGCAAGUAUCUUCCUAGCUAUUAAAUGCAGAAUGCAGUGCCUUACUUUUUCCCCCCUACAUAGCACAAUCAAGCAUCAGCAAAAGAUGAUAUGAUGCAGAUGUAUUCUUUGUAAGAAUAAACCCUGCGUAGCUGAGAGAUUAUUAUGGAAUAGAUACCAUAACUAGUACUUGUUGAGUUUGUCUUUAUA